AGGGGACUAGAAUUGGAAGUGCCCGCGAAAGAAGCAAGGUUCAUCUCCGCCAGGCUUUAGGACCCGGGGGCUCCGGAAAAAGACAUUGAACUUUUUUUUUUUUUUUUCCUUUGGUGUCCACUCAGAGUUCUCAUCUUUCCAGAGCCUCUCUCCCUGGCCAGGCCCCAGGUCUCGCAGCCAGGGAUGGAGAUGGGGGGAGGGGGAACCUGGAGUUCUUUGUAGUGCCUCCCUCCGACUCUAACACACUCAGCCUGGCCCCCUCCUCCUAUUGCAACCCCCUCCCCCGCUCCUCCCGGCCAGGCCAGCUCAGUCUCCCAGCCCCCAUUCCACGUGGACCAGCCAGGGCGGGGGUAGGGAAAGAGGACAGGAAGGGGGGGAGCCAGUUCUGGGAGGCGGGGGAAAGGAGGUUGGCGGCGACUCCCUCGCUUGCCCUCACUGCCGGCGGUCCCAACUCCAGGCACCAUGUUCACCGCGGGCCCCCCCAGCCACAGCCUCCUCCGGCUCCCCCUGCUGCAGUUGCUGCUACUGGUGGUGCAGGCCGUGGGGAGGGGGCUGGGCCGCGCCAGCCCUGCUGGGGGCCCCCUGGAAGAUGUGGUCAUCGAGAGGUACCACAUCCCCAGGGCCUGUCCCCGGGAAGUGCAGAUGGGGGAUUUUGUGCGCUACCACUACAACGGCACUUUUGAAGAUGGCAAGAAGUUUGAUUCAAGCUAUGAUCGCAACACCUUGGUGGCCAUCGUGGUGGGUGUGGGGCGCCUCAUCACUGGCAUGGACCGAGGCCUCAUGGGCAUGUGUGUCAACGAGCGGCGACGCCUCAUUGUGCCUCCCCACCUGGGCUAUGGGAGCAUCGGCCUGGCGGGGCUCAUUCCACCGGAUGCCACCCUCUACUUCGAUGUGGUUCUGCUGGAUGUGUGGAACAAGGAAGACACCGUGCAGGUGAGCACAUUGCUGCGCCCGCCCCACUGCCCCCGCAUGGUCCAGGACGGCGACUUUGUCCGCUACCACUACAACGGCACCCUGCUGGAUGGCACCUCCUUUGACACCAGCUACAGUAGGGGCGGCACUUAUGACACCUACGUCGGCUCUGGUUGGCUGAUCAAGGGCAUGGACCAGGGGCUGCUGGGCAUGUGUCCUGGAGAGAGAAGGAAGAUUAUCAUCCCUCCAUUCCUGGCCUAUGGCGAGAAAGGCUAUGGGACAGUGAUCCCCCCACAGGCCUCGCUGGUCUUUCACGUCCUCCUGAUUGACGUGCACAACCCGAAGGACACUGUCCAGCUAGAGACGCUGGAGCUUCCCCCGGGCUGUGUCCGCAGAGCCGGGGCCGGGGACUUCAUGCGCUACCACUACAAUGGUUCCUUGAUGGACGGCACCCUCUUCGAUUCCAGCUACUCCCGCAACCACACCUACAAUACCUAUAUCGGGCAGGGUUACAUCAUCCCCGGGAUGGACCAGGGGCUGCAGGGUGCCUGCAUGGGGGAGCGCCGGAGAAUUACCAUCCCCCCGCACCUCGCCUACGGGGAGAAUGGAACUGGAGACAAGAUUCCUGGCUCUGCCGUGCUAAUCUUCAACGUCCAUGUCAUUGACUUCCACAACCCUGCGGAUGUGGUGGAAAUCAGGACACUGUCCCGGCCAUCUGAGACCUGCAAUGAGACCACCAAGCUUGGGGACUUUGUUCGAUACCAUUACAACUGUUCUUUGCUGGACGGCACCCAGCUGUUCACCUCGCAUGACUACGGGGCCCCCCAGGAGGCGACUCUGGGGGCCAACAAGGUGAUCGAAGGCCUGGACACGGGCCUGCAGGGCAUGUGUGUGGGAGAGAGGCGGCAGCUCAUCGUACCCCCGCACCUGGCCCACGGGGAGAGUGGAGCCCGGGGAGUCCCAGGCAGUGCUGUGCUGCUGUUUGAGGUGGAGCUGGUGUCCCGGGAGGAUGGGCUGCCCACAGGCUACCUCUUUGUGUGGCACGAGGACCCUCCUGCCAACCUGUUUGAAGACAUGGACCUCAACAAGGAUGGCGAGGUCCUUCCGGAGGAGUUCUCCACAUUCAUCAAGGCUCAAGUGAGUGAGGGCAAAGGACGCCUCAUGCCUGGGCAGGACCCUGAGAAAACCAUAGGAGACAUGUUCCAGAACCAGGACCGCAACCAGGACGGCAAGAUCACAGUCGAGGAGCUCAAGCUGAAGUCAGAUGAGGACGAGGAGCGGGUCCACGAGGAGCUCUGAGGGGCAGGGAGCCUGGCCAGGCCUGAGACAGAGGCCCACUGCGAGGGGGACAGUGGCGGUGGGACUGACCUGCUGACAGUCACCCUCCCUCUGCUGGGAUGAGGUCCGGGAGCCAACUAAAACGAUGGCAGAGGAGACAUCUCUGGUGUUCCCACCACCCUAGAUGAAAAUCCACAGCACAGACCUCUACUGUGUUUCUCUUCCAUCCCUAAACCCCUUCCUUAAAAUGUUUGGAUUUGCAAAGCCAAUUUGGGGCCAGUGGAGCCUGGGGUUGGAUAGGGCCAUGACUGGUCCCCCACCAUACCUCUCCUCCACAUCACUGACACAGCUGAGCUUGUUAUCCAUCUCCCUAAACUUUCUCUUUAUUUGUACUUCUUGUCAUCCCCACUCCCAGCCCCUAUUCCUCUAUGUGACAGCUCCCCAGGACCCCUCCGCCUUCCUCCCCAAUCCUGACUGGCUCCUAGGGAAGGGGACGGCUCCUGGAGGGCAGUCCUACCUCUCCCAUACCCUUUGCCCUCCUCCCUCGCCUCCAGUGGAGGCUGAGCUGACCCUGGGCUGCUGGAGGCAGGACUGGGCUGUAGUUAGCUUUUCAUCCCUAAAGAAGGCUCCUUUCCCUGAGGAACCAUAGAAGAAGAAGAAAACAAAGGGCAUGUGUGAGGGAAGCUGCUUGGGUGGGUGUUAGGGCUACGAAAUCUUGGAUUUGGGGCUGAGGGGUGGGAGGGAGGGCAGAGCUCUGCACACUCAAAGGCUAAACUGGUGUCAGUCCUUUUUUCCUUUGUUCCAAAUAAAAGAUUAAACCAA